AUGUCUGAUGGAGAUAAUCUGAGUGAUUUAAAGGGUAAUCUCAUCCUAGGUUAGCUUUAAAAUUUACAUGCUCAGAAUAGAAUAUCCUAUGAAAAAUAUGAUGAUUAUAAAACUAAAUUUUAAACAUUGCAUGAUGCGAUAGUUAAGACUUAUUAAAAUGUAAAAGUUUUACCUGCCAAAGCGAAUAAAUUAAAAGCAGAAUUGAAAUAUAAACGCGAUGAGUAUGAGCAAGCUUAGUUAAAAAGUGAAGAAAUAGAGUAAGAAGUUAAAAAGGCUUAAAGCUAAGUAAAAAAAGCUGAAGCAGAAGAAGAAUUGGAACGUAAAAUUGUAGAAUAAAUGAACCUAGAGGCUGAAAGAAAAAGCCAAGAAUUAACUGAAGAAAAUAUGAAAAUUUAAGAACUUGAAAAAGAAGCAAGGAUGAAAAUUUACUAAGAAGAAGAAAAGCUUAAAUAAGAUAUUGAAACAUUGAAAGGCAAAUGUAAUUAGAAGUAACAAGACUUUGAUAAGACUUAAAAACAAUUGAAUGAGAAUUUAGAGAAGAUUUAAAGACUAAAAAAAGAAAAUGAAGAAUAUAUAAAAGAGUAAGAAAAAUUAUAAAAUGAGUUUUUACAAAAUAAAGAUGAGCCUGAACGCCAUAGAAAAAAGGCAGAUAUGCUCGAAAGUGGCAAGAAGAUGAUGGAAAGAGAUUUGAAGUUAGUAGAGGAUACUAAUAAAUAAAAAGAUAAAGAAAUAGAAGAAUUAAAGGAUAAAAAUGGCAAAUUAAAGAUUCUUGUAGAUUAAAAUGCAGAAGACAAUAAAAAUCUAAAAAGGGAAAACCAAAUCUUUCAAGAAGAUUAUACCAAACAAAAGGGCAGGUAUACUGCUAAUGAAGAAGAGAUGAAAAUACUUAAGCAAAGAAAAUAUGAUCUCUAAGUUAAGCUCAAUGAAUAUGAAAUCCAAAAGAAGAAAAUGAAUGAAGAAAUAAAUUAGAAAAAAAAAGAGAUUGAUGUUACUAAAAAAAUGUACAAGCAAUUAGAGAAAAAGAAGAAUGAUUUUCGUAAUAUGAUUAGGGAAUUUGAAAUUUCAAUAGAUAAAUACACUAAAGAGCAAGCCGAACUUAAAUAUGAAAGAGAAAAAAUGCUCGAAGUGGAAUAAAAUGUUGAAGACGAUACAAAGUUAAUUGAAUUUAGAACCAGAAGAGUUAAGGAUAAGAUUUCAAGCAAAGAAAGUGAAUAUGAAAAAAUUCAAAAACAAAUUUAAGAUUUAGAAUAACAACUCUAAGCUAGAGAAGAAUUUGAGGCUAAUGCCCUUAAAAAAGUGAAAAGACUUACAGCUAUGAGAGAGUCUAUGGCUCGUAAAGCAUCUCAAGCUAUGCAUGAGGUUAGAGAAACUAGAUAACAGUUAAAAAUAAAAGAGCUUGCCAUUAAAGAUUUAGAAAAGAAAUAUCAAGAGAUUAAAUUUGAAAGAAACAACUGCAAAGUGCUUUAUGAAGCUGUCAAGGCAGAAAGAAAUAAAUAUGUUAAUUACAUUUAGAGUACAUAAUAAGAUUUGGCAGAAGUUAAAGAAUAAAACAAAAUAUCUUAGAAUGAACUUGAAAUAUUUAAGAAUGAAUAUCAAGAGAAGCACUAAAACUUAAUUCAGUAUCAACACACUCUAUAAAUACAAAAACAUUAAAGAGAUGGAGCUCAAGCAGAAUUGAAUGCUUAAGAAUUUAUUCGUAGAGCUAAGAAAGAAUAGGUAGAUAGAAAUAUAAAUGAAAUAGAAAAGCUGAACAUGAUUAUUCGUUCUUUAGAGAACGAAAGUUUGGAUCUGAGAAGAAAGUAUGAAAAAGCUUAAGAAUCACGUAAUUUUACUGGUGUUUAGCUUAUUGACAGGAAUGAUGAAUUGUGUAUAAUGUAUGAAAAAUCAAACAACCAAGAAACUACUUUAAGAAGUGGUGAAGUAGAGAUUAAAAAACUUGAGGAUGAAGUUCGUAUGAUAAAAAUUACUAUUCAAGAAACAAUGAGAAAAAUUGAUGUUUCUAGGAAAUAAAUUUAAGAUGUUCCUGUUUUAGCUGACGAAGUAGUCAAUUUACAAAAUGAAUUAAAAAAAUAACAACAACUUGAAGCUGAGCUUUCAGAGCAGUUAGAAAAUCCAACAAACGAAUACAGAUAUAGAGAUUUGAAAGGAGAAGAUCCUGAUUAAGAAGCUCUUGACACUAAGAUUGGUGUUCUAGAAGAGCGUUUAAAUAACAAAAAAGAACAGUUGCUGGAAAAAGAACUGAUUUUAGAUGAAAUUACAAAUUUUUCUGAAAAACUCAGAAAAUAGGCUUUAGAUGGACGUUAAAAUACUCUCGAAUUAUCUGAAAAAUUAAACAAUUUCCAAGCCAAGUUAAAAGAUAUCACUAAAAAGAUGAUGGCAUCUAUUUCAGAGUUAUCUAUGUUCUAAGCAACUUCUAUAAAACUUUAAUAAGAAAGAGAUGAGUUAGUAGGUGCCUUAGAUGAAUCAAAGCAGCGCGUUGAAUAGAAUCUUCCUCCAACUCCAGAAUGUGAAGUAGAAUAUUUAAAAAUGGUUCGCGAUAAAAAACGCUACUAAGAAGAGCGUAGCUUGCGUUUAUAAAGGGAAGCUUUAGAAAAAAAUUUUCCUCCUUUUGCCACAAAAACAUUCGCAGAACAUAGAGUAAACGCUUAUAUCCCAGACGAAAUAGGUAUUCCUAAACCAUAUGGCAAGCAUGCUCCUUUUAAACCUUUCGAACCUGGCUCAAAUAUGCGCCACUUUAAAAAUCCAACAAUAAAGGAUAUAGAAAUUUGA